UUUCCUUCUAAUUUUUAUUAACAAUGCUCUUAAAAAGUCUUAAUCGAACCAAACCUUAAUGUUGAGGUGAACGAGGGCACUCCGACCGCCGAAUCACGCCUGAGCAACUCAACAACCGUCGUCGGCCGCCAGCAGUCGGAAAAUGUCGACGAGACGGGGCCAAGUGAUUAAGCGCGCAAAAUACAAGAGUUCGAUCAAAGACGCCGGAACUCCCGGCCUUCUCACCAUGAUGGCCGACGGGUUUGUCUUCACCCCGAAUGAUCCCACCUCCCCCGCUAAGCUCGAUGUCCCCUUCCAACAAAUCAAAGGUCAGAAGAACACCAAGGAGGGCACCAAUAAACCACCUUGGCUCAACAUCAGCAAUAUUAAGGAUGGCAGUUACAUUUUUGAGUUUGACAGUUAUCCUGAUCUUCACGCAUGCCGAGAAAUCAUCGCCAAUGCCCUGGAGGCUGCAAAAGGUUCUUCCGCUACAGUGGUCUCUUCUGCUGCCAUUGCCUCUUCUUCUGCAAGCCAACAAUUCACUACCGCGGAGUUGGAGCUCCGAAUGAAGCUUAUGCAAGAAGACAGUGAACUGCAGAAGCUUCACAAGCAGUUUGUGGGCAGUUGUGUCUUGACAGAAUCUGAGUUCUGGGCAACUAGGAAGAAGUUGCUUGAUGGAGAUAGCCGUAGAAAGUCAAAACAACGGGUUGGUUUUAAAAGUUCUAUGAUACUGGACAUCAAACCUAUGACUGAUGGUCGGAUGAACAAGGUGACAUUCAAUUUGACUGAUGAAAUCAAAUAUCAGAUAUUCGCCCUGAAACCAGCAGUUCACCAGGCAUAUAUUAAACUCGUUCCCAGUAAGAUGACAGAGAAAGACUUCUGGAAUAAAUAUUUCCGAGCUGAAUUCCUCCACAGUAGAAAAAAUCCUUUAGCAGCUGCUGCAGAAGCUGCUGAGGAUGAGGAACUGGCAAUUUUUUUAAAGGAAGAUGAAAUAUUAGCAAGGGAAGCUCGGCAGAAGAUUCAGCGGGUUGAUCCGACGUUGGAUAUGGAAGCUGAUCAGGGGGACGACUAUACACAUAUUCCAGAUCAUGGGAUCUUUCGUGACGGCAACAAGGACAUUACCGAACUACAGAAUGAGCAAUACAGGAGGACUCUAUCACAAGACCUUAACAGACAAGGGGCAGUUGUUCUUCAAGGAAGAAAUCUAGAUGUGGAAGAUCCAAGAACUAUGGCAGAGGCACUUAUGCGGUCAAGACAGGAUCCUAGCGACAGUGCUAUACAGGAGAGACUUGAUAGGAUUAUCCGGAUGACUGAGAUAGAUGACCUUCAAGACUCUCAUCGUCAUCCGGUUGCGCCAUUGUGUAUCAAGGAUCCUCGAGACUACUUUGACACACAACAAGCUAAUGCACUUAAAAUUUUGGAUGACUCGCGUACUGGGACUGCACAAACAAAACGCAAGCUAACUACUGAGGAAGCAUAUGGCUCCUUAAAGGAUUCUAUAUCUAAAAUUAAGAGCAUUGGAUUGAGCAGUUCCGCUGUAAAAACCGAAGUUGCUCUUACGGUUUUUAAUGGGCUAACCCAGAAUAUUUCAAGUACCAGAUAUCAACUUGGGAAGAAUCCUCGAGAGAGUAUUUUGGAUGGCUUGCCAAACAGAACCAAAGAGGAACUCUUACAUCAUUGGAUGUCCAUUCAAGAACUACUGAGGCAUUUUUGGUCUUCCUAUCCAAUUACAACUUCUUCUUUGUAUGUGAAGAUAGGCAGACUGAAGGAUGCCAUGUCACAAAUUUAUCGACAACUAGAGGAGAUAAAAGAAGCUGUGCAGUUAGAUUUCAGGCACCAGGUCUCCCUCCUUGUUCGUCCAAUGCAUCAGGCUCUAGAUGCUGCUUUUCAGCAUUAUGAAGCAGACGUACAGAAAAGAGCUGCAAAGAGUGGAGAGUUGCCUAAUGGGAAUGGGUAGAAGUUUGCCCUUUUAUUAUUAUAUAUGCAUUCCCCUCUAAAUUUUGACAUGAUGUAAAGCCAUAUUAUUCAAUCAAUUUUGAUAUGAGCUUAUUCAGUUUGGCAAGGUUUUCAGCGGAGAAAAUUACAUGUAUUGUGGACAAAGUUGUGCAUAGACUCGUUUAGCAUUAAUCGUGAUUGCACCACCUAUGCACGGCAUGAUGAUUCUAUGUAAUACGGCAUCAGCUUAAGGCUUUGCUGUUUUCUUGUUUUACAAGUCUUUAUCUAUCCCUUGUGGAACA